ACUGCCAGAGUCUGAGCUGACUCACUCAACCAAUGUAGACAGUGGCUAGCUUCCGAAGUGUGCGCGUCUGCCUGUGUGACCCAACCAACUUCGGCUCAGCUCCCACCAAACCACAGGAUCAGCCACAAACUUAACCAACGUUCCCAAACCUGAGUCCUCAGAUGUGGGAAGCUCUAGCUUGAGCGUCAUCGAGUUUGUCUUUUUUCCCCCUCCCGAUAAGAUAGAUUUCUUUGUAAAACUGAAUUUUCUGCACUGACCAUUUGUCCAAAAUUUACUGAGAGAAUAACGACAAGUGAUUCUACCCCAGCCUAUCAACUACUGAAUCUGAUUUUCAAGGCUACUUUUAAAAAAAGGAAAGACUUCAGCGAACAUUAAUGGAUUUCUGUUGUGUUUAAAUUCUCUACAGAUUGAAUUGUAAAUAUUUUAUGAAGUAGAUCAUAUGUAUAUAUUUAUAUAUACGAGCACAUACAUUACUAGCACAAUCUUUUAAUAUUGCAGCUCCUGCUUUGGAGAACCGAAGUGAGUUUUUUACGAUAAGAGGGGCUCCCUGUAUGGAAGACACUCCUAAGUUUUGUAUUUUGUUGGGACUUUAAACAAAACUGACCUGCAAGAAAGAAAAACAAACUGACAGGCAAUUACCUGCUGGGACUUGCAAAUCUAGUUUUUGCUGGUCAUUUUGUUGUUAUUGUUGUUGUUCUGAGCAUAAAUAUUUUAGAACGUGUUCGGGAAUUUUGCCUCCGGGACCGUUUGUAAUAGCCAAAGACUGAACUUCAACUCUGAAAGCGAGGCUCCUUUGGGCACCCGUCUUUGGAUUCUGGUUGCCCACUCUUUAAUGCACUAAUUGGCCAGUUGUUAGCCCUGUUUGGGUGAGGCCGAUCCGACUAACUAGAACUCAGUUCGGGACUGUUGGUAAUUUAGUCUCCCUCCUUCCCCACCGCCCUCCGGUAGUAUUAAAGGUUCCUGAACUUGUAUGUUGAUCUCCCGGGAGCUGCUUGAAGAAGAUACGAUCCUGUGUUGCCGCCUAGUAGGAGCUGUUUUCAGGGUCCUUACUCAAUCGGCUUGUUGUGAUGCGUAUCCCCGUAGAUGCCAGCACGAGCCGCCGCUUCACGCCGCCUUCCACCGUGCUGAGCCCCGGCAAGAUGAGCGAGGCGCUGCCGCUGGGCGCCCCGGACGGCGGCGCCGCCCUGGCCAGCAAACUGAGGAGCGGCGACCGCAGUAUGGUAGAGGUACUAGCUGACCACCCGGGAGAGCUGGUGCGCACCGACAGCCCCAACUUCCUCUGUUCCGUGCUACCCACUCACUGGCGCUGCAACAAGACCCUGCCCAUCGCUUUCAAGGUGGUAGCGCUGGGGGACGUUCCGGAUGGCACUCUGGUCACCGUCAUGGCAGGCAACGAUGAAAACUACUCGGCGGAGCUGAGAAACGCUACGGCAGCCAUGAAGAACCAAGUGGCAAGAUUCAACGACCUCCGGUUUGUCGGUCGGAGUGGUAGAGGCAAGAGCUUCACCCUCACCAUCACAGUCUUCACAAACCCGCCGCAAGUUGCAACCUACCACAGAGCCAUCAAAAUCACGGUGGACGGCCCGCGAGAACCCCGAAGACAUCGGCAGAAACUAGAUGAAACCAAGCCCGGGAGUUUGUCCUUUUCCGAGAGGCUCAGUGAACUGGAGCAGCUGCGGCGCACGGCCAUGAGGGUCAGCCCGCACCACCCAGCCCCCACGCCCAACCCUCGGGCCUCCUUGAACCACUCCACUGCCUUUAACCCACAGCCUCAGAGUCAGAUGCAGGAUGCGAGGCAGAUCCAGCCAUCCCCACCGUGGUCCUACGACCAGUCUUACCAGUACCUGGGAUCCAUCACCUCCUCUUCCGUGCACCCUGCAACGCCCAUCUCACCUGGCCGUGCCAGCGGCAUGACAAGCCUCUCUGCGGAACUCUCCAGUCGACUUUCAACAGCCCCGGACCUGACAGCCUUCGGCGACCCGCGCCAGUUCCCCACGCUGCCGUCCAUCUCCGACCCGCGCAUGCACUACCCUGGCGCCUUCACCUACUCGCCGCCCGUAACGUCGGGCAUCGGCAUCGGCAUGUCAGCCAUGAGCUCUGCCUCUCGCUACCACACCUACCUGCCGCCGCCCUACCCAGGCUCGUCGCAGGCCCAGGCCGGGCCCUUCCAGACCAGCUCGCCCUCCUACCACCUGUACUACGGCACCUCUGCCGGCUCCUACCAGUUCUCCAUGGUGGGCGGCGAGCGCUCGCCCCCGCGCAUCCUGCCGCCCUGCACCAACGCGUCCACGGGCGCCGCGCUGCUCAACCCCAGCCUCCCCAGCCAGAGCGACGUAGUGGAGACCGAGGGCAGCCACAGCAACUCGCCCACCAACAUGCCACCCGCGCGCCUGGAGGAGGCGGUGUGGCGGCCCUACUGAGCGCCUUCGAGGGACUGAGCCCGGCUGCACCUGCCGUCCACGCACAGACCCCCGCCAGGAGGGCCCUUGAAGGCCAACAGGAAGAUUCCCGGAGGGAAACUGUGAAUGCUUCUGAUUUAGCAAUGCUGUGAAUAAAAAGAAAGAUUUUAUACCCUUGACUUCACUUUUUAACCACGUUGUUUAUUCCAAAGAGUGUGGAAUUUUUUGGUUCGGGCGGGGAAGACAUAGCUCAUCCAGUUUGGCAUUUAUUUCUUAUUUCGGAGUUACUUUUCCGCACCUUAUCAAUUGCAAAAAAAUCUGUGUUUGCAUCUGGUGGUCGUUACUUUUAAACAUGUAUAGAUCUGAGCUUGCUACUUUCUUUCUUUGACCAACUGAAAGAAAUACGGUUGCCUUCUCUACGUUUUAUUUAACUUUUGGACUUUCUUGUAGCUGGGAUUUUGGGGUUUUUUUGUUUUUCUUUUUGUUUUUUUGUUUGUUUUGUCUUUUUUUUUUUAAAGAUACAGCUACAACUUUGGGUCAUUUUUAACUACUGUAUUUCCACAAAGAAAUCCCUAGAUAUUUAUGUAUCUCGAUGUUUGAACAUUUGCAUAUGUGUUGAUACUUUUUUAAUUAUUUAAAUGUACUUAUAUUAAGAAAAAUAUCAAGUACUACAUUUUCCUUUAUAAUAGCCAAAGUUAAAUGUUAUUGCGUUGGUGAUGGCUGGAGACAAAAACAAAGGGUGGGUUGUGGCGGCUUGGUUACCUGGAGAUACUGUUUACAUUAAAUCCUUUUUAUGUUUUUCAAACAA